AUGGCCGUCAUCCUGCGUCGCCUUUCCUCCUCCGUGGCCCCGAAGGGCAUGGUCCUUCGAGCGGGCAGCUUGCCUCGGCAUUUCUCCUCGUUGCAGAGCAAGGUGGAUGACUUCUGCAAGCAUGUGGAGCUGCACCUUCCAAAGGAUGGAAAGAAGGUCGUCUUCGCAACAGCCUGGCUUGCAACUGACAACGUGUUCGUUGCCCUCAUGAGGAAGCACUUCCCGGAGGUUUUGAACGGCAUGAACCUCGUUGCCAUCGACACGCUGCACCUCUUCCCGACCACCCUGGAGUGCGCCAAGUUGGUUGAGGAGAAGUAUGCCAAGCAGGCCCUUUGGAAGUUGCCAAAGGGCAUCACGACGAAGGACGAGUUCAUCGCCAAGUAUGGAGACUGCGAGGAGCUGGACUCCGCCGACUUCGACUUCGUGAGCAAGGUGGAGCCUUUUCAGCGAGCUUUGGAGGAGUGCGAGAAGGACAUCCUGAUCACCGGCCGUCGAAUGGAUCAGGCUGCUCAGCGCAUCAAGCUGGAUGUCUGGGAGGAUCAGAAGCGCACUUUGAACCCAAUGGCGAACUUCAGCUGGCAGGAUAUCAUCGACUAUGUCGACAAGGAGGGCGUCCCUGUCAACG